UCCUGGAUCGAUCGCGGGUCGAUCCGGAUGAUCGAGCCGAUAUCGUGGCGGUGUCGAACGAUCGCUGGGAUCCAGGACUAACAGGAUUAAGGUGAACGGAGGCGCGGAUAGAAGCAAAGUGCCGGGUUGAUGAUCUGCCGGUCCUGACGCGCUCUCCGGCUCGCCGGCCAAUCGUGACGCCGGCUUUCCCCUGGAGCCCACUCCUCCGGCGUCCUUAAGGAGCUGGUGGACCCCCGAGGAUGGAAGAAGCCGCCACGGGGUCUCAGGAUAGGUGGCGCAGAAGUCAAGGUCACGAGGUAUUCGAUGCUGGUCCCAAGGUCUCCGAGGACGACGCAGCGGUCGAGGACGUGCGGAUCCUCUCCGUGGACAAGGUGGUCCUUGAGAAGAUCGUCCUGGAGACGAGCGGCUCGCGGGAGGUUCUGCUGACGAAGAGCGAAACCUCCAGGAAGGUCUCCGAUCUGAAGAAGAGGUUCCUGAGCAAAUCCAAGGCUGCCCAGGAGAAGUCAUCUGCAGGUAAGGCGGUCGAUCCGGAAGUCGGGGAGAAUCCUGGGGCAAGGACCAAGAUCAAAUUCGGAAACGGAGUGACUUUCGAGAGGAAACUGCCAAACAGUCCCACCAAGACAGCGGUCUCGAGGGACCAGAAGAAUGAGAAGGCAGCAAACUUUAACGAGAACAGGAUCAGCCCGAUCAAACUGACGAAGAGCUCCUCCAUCGGAAGCCUCGUCAAGGGAGCUCGGUUCUCGAAGGCCGUGACUUUGAGAUCCAAGAAGGUCCCCCCGAAAGUCCCGGACAAGCCAGGAAUUAAGAAAGAGGAUGAAAAAGGCGAGGGAGGAGACGAGGAACCCGGGAAAAAGGUGGAAGAAGUAAACCAAUCUAAGGAAGACCCCAAAGAACUUGAGGAAGUGCCGAAAGAGCAAAAGAAUGCUGAGGAAGAAAAGAUAGAAGACGUGGGUAGAAGUCACCAUGACGAAGAAGGGAAAGGUGCGGUGAUUCCAUAUGAUAAGAAGACGGAGGACGAGUUGAUUUCGGAUACCGAAUCGAGACCUAAAUGCCCAGGGAAGGUGGUAGACAUCAAAACCGAAGCUCUAGAUCGUCUGGAAAAGAGCCAGUCGGAGAUCGAAAGACUCCAACGUAAUCUGCAGACGAAGAUCAAUGCCAGUACCGCGGAGACGUACAAGUCGAAGCUGCCAGUACUCCAGAACAGUCCCAUAAAGGCCAGGGAUUUGGAUCUGCACGAGGACUUCACUAGGAAUUCCUUCGACAAGGAAUUCUUGGAGAAGCAUAAUUUCGACAAGAAGCUCAGGAUCGAGGAGAAGAGGCUCCUCGAGACGGAUCUAGAUUAUGCGUCGGAUUUGGAGAGAUCCGAGGUAAGUCGCGGCAACGAGAAGUCCAAAUACAGCGAGAGGGUGUCCGAGGUGGAGAAUAGGUGGUCCGGUGAAUUCUUGGACGUCCACCUGGAGGCCAAUUCCUCGGAGUCCUCGAAGUCGUCUUACAUCGAGGAGUUAGGAAGUAUUUCAUCUCACGAGAGCAUCGUCGAGGAGAGUGGCAAACGGCUGAUCGAUCGGAUUCGCAGGAGAUCCGAGGAGAAAUCGGAGGAAGCCAGUAGACAGAGUCUUGAGGAGGUUCUGGAAGAUACCGUCAGCACGGUGGACUCGGAUUCGUGUCUAGAGGACAGGAUCAAGGCCAUCGACGAGGACAUCGAAGAAGCCGAGGACAGGAGCUUGGAUACUUUGGGCGAGAACGCGUCGCAGGAUAGCACUUUGAAGGAAUCUUCCGUGAAAACCUGGCAGACUGGCGAUUCCAGCACCUUGGAAGGAAACGAGAACGAAGAGCAUGUUGAUGGAAAAGCAGAAUAUGUCGACGCGGAUGGAAAGGUCGAGGUAGAAAAUAAGACAGAAGUCGGAAGCAAUUUGAGUGCUGGAGUUCAAGUUGAACGGUGCCAGGCCGAUGAUGAUCCUGGUACCGAACAGAGAGAGAAGUUAGGACGGAACCCCGAAGUCUUCCAAGAUCCUGAAGGAUCGAAAAGACCCCAGGAAGAUUCUGCAGGUAAAGAUAAAGAAUCAUCAAAGCGACCAGAUUUUGAGGAUAGAUCGGAGAGUUCUGGGCGGAAUUCUAAUCGAGACGGCUACGCGAAUCUUAUUAAAGCUUUCGCAAUGGAAGCUGGAUGCUCCAAACCGCCGAAGGACGAGAAGAAGAGGAAAGGCUUGCGACGAUUGCUUCCUGGUUUGUUCUCGCCUAAGGACUCGCGGAAGGAUUACAAGAGGGAACAGAAAGAGCGUAAGCGGCGCGACGAGCGUCACUUCAGUCAAUAUCAGCAGAAUGGGAAUUAUACGAGAUCCCCGGAUAGUAUGAACUUGAACGAGGACAUUAAGAGGAACGUGAAGCUGGACACGAGUUUGAACAGCUCUCUGAUCGAGGAGCGGUUGAACGAGAUCAAGCAGGAGCUGUUUCCGGAACAGGGAAUUAUCACGAGCACCCCUGAUCAUUUCCUGCAGAGCGAUCGAUCGUUGAUACGCGACACCAGAUCUCCGAGGACCUGUCCUGCCGAUUCCUCCAUAAACUCGAUCACCCCCGAAGACAAAUGGAUAGACCAAAACAUUAUCAGUGGUUCCCCGGAUUUGAGGAAAUUUAAGCAACGACGCGGCGACGAGAGAAAGUGCAAUAUAGAGCGAAAACAUAGUCUUCAGGAGCACGUCCAGCCUCGUUUCUUGAGAAACCAUGGUCCUUCAGGAAGGAUAUCGGCACCUCCCGGAGAGAGGUUUCUGAUAAGACCCAGAGCGGUGCAUCCAAUGGAUAGACCGCUUCCAGCGAUUCCACAAAAGGUGGAAUUCGCCAAUUAUGAGAAUCAAGAGAACCUGGACAACUAUCCUGGAGAGAACGUCAGCAGAACGAUCCAGGAAUAUCGGCAGGAACAGUAUGUUCAAGAAAACCAAAACUAUAACGACGGGAACAGGCUCUACGAGAAUGGGAAUGAUCUGGAGAAGAUCGAAACGAAUAGAAACUAUAGCUCGGACUCUGGGUUCAAUUUGACUCCUGUGUCAGCCCAAGUGAAGAUCACUCGUCAGCUGAUCGUCAAUCAGAAUCAACGGGCUCCUCUAGUAGGAAGGUCACCGAAGUACUCCCCCAGCUCCAGUCAAAAAUCGGGAGACUAUGCAGACUCCAGCUACACGCCCAACUCCAGCCAGAAAAGCGAGUUCUCCCCCGGCAGCUCAAAGAGUGGAGAAUAUUACCUGAACUCCCCCAGGACGUCUCCUAGUGAUAGCUUGAACGACCGGCGAGACCAGAUUUACGAAAACAAUCAGGAAUCCCAGAGAAUGCCCUAUCCCGUUUCUCCGAAGAUUCACGUGCAGAAUAAAGCGGAUAGGAUCUAUGAUGAAACGCCUUCGACGAAAGGUGUUCCCACGGAGGUGUAUCAGGAUCAGUUUUAUGAAUCAAAGUCUCCUUGUCCAGAAAGGGCGAAGAUCGAGAUUUUCCAAGAUCCAUCUUGUCAAGAUGCCCAUCAAGACAAGAAUCUGGCAGAAAAGACGAAAUCAGCAGAGUCUUGUCAGGAUACAUCCCCGCGUCAAGAUAAGUCAUCAUCAGUGGACAAGAGUUCACCGAGUCACAGAAAUGUCAACCAACACGGUGGCAACAAUUUGGGCCAAGAUGUAGCUCACAUUCAACGAGGCUCGCCAAACAUUCCCUUGUCUAGUAAUCUGGCGAAGCUGAGGGCCAACGUCGAGAAUGUGGAUGAUGGGUCCAGGAGUUCACCUUCUAACGUGUCCUCCGUGAGUCAGAGUCCUAAAAACCCCAACUGUCUGUCACAUCCCGAAGGUUCUGCCGAAACGGGAAGCCCAAUGAAGGGUUCCAGAGUCAUGUCCCCAACGAGACUGAAGAAUGCUACUUCGUCGAUGGCCGUCAACGCUGGUGAGAAUUCAUCUCCAGGACAUCCACCCGCGUAUGGAGUAAUAAGCGAGCGGUCGAACGAUGACGAUAGAUCGAAGGGAACCUGUCCCAGCAUAUGUUGCAUGGAUUCUGGACCUAAGAACUCGGCGUUGCAAAGCCCCAGGGUUCUAUCUCCAACGAAAUUGAAAAGGGUUACUUCGCCGUUGACCAUUCUUCCACCUAAUGGGUCUCCAAUGGACCAUUCCACAGCUCGCGGAGGUACAAGCAAAGUGGAAAGUAUUAAUGAGGUGUCAAGGGUUCCUUGUCCCAAUACGUCGUACGUGGGUUCGUCACCCAGGCAUGCCAACUGUCCGGAAAAUAUCGUCAAAACCGGAACUCCAGUGCACAGUCCUAGAGUCAUGUCACCCGCCAGGUUGAAGAGAGUCACUUCUCCGUUGACCAUCGUUCCACCUGAGAAUUUUCCUACGGGACAUUCUACCACAUGUGGGAGAGUUCUCCAGAGUGUUCCAAUUCCUGCUGACGAAUCGAGGCCCAUGUCGCCCGCGAAUCGUUCCGAUAAACCGAAAGAUGGAUCAAAUACGAAUUGCGAUCAGCUGAGGGGGCCGGUCUCCUUGCCAAAUUCUGCCGGCAAGAUCAGGACACCCAGCCACGUUUCCGUAGCUUCUCGCAUAUCACAGCCCUCUGACCAGAUUUUGAUAGCAUCUCCGAAGCGGGAGAUUUACGACAGAUCUUUAGGAUCGGAGAUAGGUUGUCCCGAUUCCCCAGUCCCGAUGGCGGAUUCACCGAGUCAGGUGCUGGGAUCCAGACAAUCACUUAAGCAAACUGUAGCCGAAAGACUGGAGUUUGGAAAAUCUCCCGGCAUCGUUUCCGAGGACUCCGGGAUAAAAAAUACGCCUGAAUUGGACCAGGGCUAUGACGGACAAUCCGUGCAAAAGGUAUUGCCCAAUGAGGCAUCAACGGUGUCACCUGGAAUCAGCGUCUGUUCAUCGUCCACCACUUCAACCGAUAUCCCUGUCUACGCUCAAAGGCAAAACCCCAGAAGAUCUUCCACUCCGGUAGGGAUGGCUGUUCGAUCAGGCUCUAUGGAACGCGCGGAAAUGUUGGGUCCCAUUAAGCAAGAUCGUAACGCGCCGCAUUGUCAGUUACAUCCUACUUGCCAUGCUCCGCAGGACCUCGAAUCCAAAACUCACGGUAUGUGUGAGAACCAAAACAACUGCGGUUUGCAGAGGAACCACGAGAUGGACAGAUAUACCAGACAUCUUCCCAGACACGAGUCAAUGUGUGCCGAUGGGAGAGGUCAGCGACCACCGGGUCAUCCCACGUCCCAACAACUUGACCCCGGUACUCAACCACAAGAGUGCCCAUCACCAAGGUCGCAAACGAUUUACUCGCCACGACAACUAAAUUUCCAUGAUGGCCAGAUUUACGUGACUCGAAACUCCGCGCAACAGGAGCCAAUAUACGGACAGCGCCAACACUCGGAUCAAGGUAUCUGCCAACGUUCGUCGGACUCGAUUUACGGCCAUCACCCGUCAAGACAGACUUCUCCGUCUAAGCGCCAAACCAUGCAACACCUGGAGGCCUUCUACUGGCAGCAGAAGGCCCUGGAUGCUCAGAGAAAGAGCAUGACUUCUCCUACGAAUCCUAAUUCUCAAACCGAAGUCAUUGUCGAUCUGCCCGAAGUCAGAGAAGCGAUGUACUGGCAACAGCUGAAGAAGCUGGACGAGGAGCAGCAGAGGCGAAUAUACGAGCAGAACCUCGCCGAGGAGAGGGGUGACCCCAUCUACGCGAGGAGGAAAGUCCAAGGUCCUCCCGUAUCCCUAAAUGUCGCCAACGCUCAAAGACACGGAUCCAGUCCAAGCCUGACCCAGCCCAACGUGGUCGCGGUCCCCGGGAACGUGGAUCAGCUCUACUGGCGUGGAAAACUACCGAGUUCGAAGCAGAACCCAACCGGAAAGCCACCCAUCAUGGGCCAGAAGGGUCAGAACCAGCCAGUCCUGGUUGUGCGGCCGCAGCCGGCAAUCCAGGAACCCAUCAGAGACCAGAACCAACCAGAUCGCCAGGACCCGGUGCCCAGAGCGAAGAGUGUGUCGCCGCACUUCGUCAGAGGAGACGAGCCGAGGCGCAGUCUGGGACCUCAUAGAAAGCCGAUUGACCAGGACGAUGGGGGUUUCCUGUCCGGUCGUGAUAAGAACACGGUGGCUGCCCUGAGGAAGUCCGAGACACCCCCCAUUUACGAGGAGUACCAGGGAACCGAGAGGAAGCCUCCACCGGCCCCGAUCUUCAAAAGAGGCAGCCUUAUCAGCAACUCCAGCAGUUCCGUCGACUACGGGACCAUUGGGACCAAGCGAGUUAGCUUUUCCAACCAGACCUCUUCCCUGGAAGUCGGUAUCUGGCCCACCAAACACGGAAUGGCUCCCGAACCUCCCACCAGGAGGAACAAGCCGGAAGCUGGGCUCAGAGAGGGCGAAGGUGGUUUCUCGCAACCGGAGACUGCGGACAACCAGAACAAUAGCAACACCAACGUGUAUGGGAACUUGCCGGUGGGAGGUGGUUCGACAUUUGGGAGACCCGGAGAGAUCCAAGGGACAAAGUCCGCUACAGAAACGCCGGAGUACGACGCAGAUCGGCCACUUCCGCCUCCACCCAGGGAGUCCUCCUGGAUGCUGAGGCGCAGCACCAGCCUCAGGGACCAGACCCGACCUGGACCUGGGAUUGAGGGCGAAUUUGUCCGGGUCAAAGGAUCCGUCAACCCCCGCAAGUGGAAUGCCUUUAGCGAGAGCGAGAGCGGGAGCGAAGCUGGAGAGGUACAGAGGAUCUUUCGGCGUAAACAUGGUGAGUCCUUUUUAAAGAACUGUUUUGAUAAACAACUGAAUAUUUAUCGUAUCGUUGCGACGGAAGCGUGCUCGAAGUGCAUUUCGAUGUUAUCCAAGUAA